CGAAUUGUAUUCAAUGGUGGGAAGAUGGCCAAGAAGAAGCCGAAUCCUCCCGACGACGGACCCGAUGCCAACGUCUUAACCGAGAUCGAGCGGCCGCCCACGAUUCACUUCUAAACGACUACUUUAAUAAUCCGUGUGUUUAUACACCGGAGGAUUUUAGUAAUCGUUUUCGGAUGAGUCGUCCUCUGUUCUUACGCAUACUCGCCGAUGUUGAACGCGAGGUUCCUUGGUUCAACCAACGGUUUGAUGCGAGAGGCCGACGCGGGUUUAGUAGCGUCCAAAAGUGCACCGCCGCGCUCCGUCAGUUGGCGUACGGGACGGCGUCCGAUAUCUCCGGCGCUCUGCUCUGUCUGUUUUUCUCGGCAAACCCUCGCGGCGCCGGGCGGCGAGCGGCGGCGACGAUGUCCAGAGUCGGAACACCAGGGUCUCCAAACGACGAGCUGGAGGAAGAAGUUAACCAAAUGGCCGAGAAACUUGCAGAUUACCGGGCCGCGGUUUUGGAUAAGCUCAAGACCAAUCUGCCGUCUAUUCUUGCAUCUACCUCACUCGUGGUGGAAAAGAAUGUUGAUGUCGGUUCCCAAUUUCAGCCGGGACCUUCGCAUCCACCUGAUUUAGCAGCUGUUGAAUCUGAAGCAGUAGGUUCCUUGAGGAAACAAGAGCAGGAUGAGGCCGAGAAAUUGCAGCUCCUGAAAGAGAAGUUCUUGAGCAAUGCAAAUGCAGUAUCAAGUGUGUCAAGGAAGAUGAAGGAAAUAACAGAGUGUAUGGAAAAGAUUGAUAAAUUAGAGCCGCAGAAUGGAGUAUUUCACCGUGCUUUCAAAAGAAAAAGGGAGUAAGCUGACCAGAUUCACUUUCUUGUAUGGUAUGAUAUUUGCAAUAAUUGCAAAUAAAUUCAUAUAUUUCUAUGUGCACGCAUAUGCUACAAUUGUCUGCUGCAAUAAUGGGUGCAACACACAAAUGUGGUAUUUUAUGAUCAACAUGAUUUUGGUACACCUUUGAGAGCAGUAAUCUACCACUGGAGAUAUCAUCUUAGAUCCAUAAUAAAAAGCCAAAAGAAAUCCUAUUCUCGACGUACAAUAAGGGCCAACAAUUCCU